GCCUUGCGUUUCAUGUUCUGGACAAAUGCCUUCUGAAUAUUUAUGUGGUUAUCAUAUGAUAGCAAACACACCGACAGCAGAACCCCGGAGUCUGUGAGGCUGUUCGUAUUGCAAUUUAGCGCUUGAGUGUUGAUGCGCGAGAGUCGACAAUGAGCUCGAAUCGCUUUUUACCACCCGGGAAAGAUACAAUUGAAAUGAUGCAGGAUAUUAAGGAAAUUCCCACAAUUUCAUCGCAGCGAAAUCUUAAAAGGAAAAUCAGCGAUCCGCCCGAGGCCAACAGUUUUGUUAUGUUUCAAGGCCGAGACGAAAGCUAUCCGGAAGAGCUGAACAAAUUGAUACUGCCCCUGUCCUGUCAAUUAUGCAAGGCACAGAUGACCUCCAUGAAAAGCGCAAAGGACCACUAUGAAUCCAAAGCACACGAUCGUCAUAUUAGUGCCUGGCUGGCGAAAAAUUACACAGAGGUGGGCUUGCAGACGCCACCAGUUAAGCGUCUGGUGAAACAGGGCCCAACUGGUCCAAAUGCAUUCCACUGUAAUCUAUGCGACCUGGCCCUCACAUCGAUGACCCAUGCCCGCCAGCACUACGCGGGGCGCAAGCAUCAAUUGGUGGAGCAGAGACGCUCCAGGCCGUCCGGUGCUGGAUUCUACAAUGCUGAAGGUAAUUGGGUGCGCACUGGCACAAAAGCGGAGGUUGUCGCCGACGACGGUCGAUUUGGCAUUGGAGAACUAUUCGUCAAAGCGGCGGUUGUUACAGAUCUGCAGUACAUGGCAUCAGAUAUAGUUGAAAGCAAUUGUAAUGGAGACCAGCAGCUGGAAGCUAAGACGCCCGCUCUAGACGAAAGUCUUACAUGUAAAAUAUGCAAGAUUAGCGUCACAUCCGCAUCGCAAAUUAAAAUGCAUUUGGACGGUGCAAAGCACCAAAAGAAUCUACGCAAACAGAACCUGGAGGAUGAUGCAACAACGCCUGCUCUGUGUGGCGCGCCCGAGCACACAUUAAGUACAGCAGCACCUGUUGUCACUGAUGUUGAUGGGGAACUAUCCAUGUAUCGAACACCUUCCGGCUCGUACUAUUGCAAACUGUGCAAUAAGGCUAUGAAUCACAUAUUCAUAUUACAACAGCAUCUUCAGGGCAAGAGGCAUCUGAAGACUGUGCGUCAGAAUGCAGAUGCGAUUGUUCACUAAUAUACCGAAAAUGAACAGAUAUCUUAGGCACAACGAAGUUUACAUACCCUUGCAGACCGGAGGCCACCUGCAAACAAACAAGUUUUUCACACAAAAACUCAAUUUUCGACUGAUCCUUUCUAUGGAAGCUGUAUGAUGUCGUCUUCCCAUUCGGCCGACUCCGAUAUAUGUACCGCCUGCAGCAAAAGCACGGAUAUAUUCCAAGCUUCCUCAAGAUAGCUUAAUAACUGAGGGAUUGAAAUGGAUAGGCCGACGACCAUAGCUAUAUCGACUCGACUAGUGAUGCUGAUCAAGAAUAUAUAGACUUUAUGAGGUCACAGACGUCUCCAUUAGGGCGUUACAAAAUUCGCGACAAUUGAAUACCCUCUGCAAGGGUAUACAAAAUACAUUUGUAUAAGAAAUGCUUGACUAUAAUAAAAUACGUUAACCAAAAUUGA